AUGACCAUCCGAAGAAAAGCCUCCAAAAGAACAGCUAUUAAGGUGACACUUUUUGCCCAGAAUGGGACCGAGAUGUACAUUCUCAACACUGUUCACAAGGACGGGUAUACACAGCAUAUGACGGGUGACAAGCAAAAGCCUUUCGUUAAACAAGACGAAUUUCUGCGCAUCCACAAAUAUGGACCAUAUUUGAUCUAUCAGGAGAAGGACACCGAAUAUUUUGCCAAGCUAGCCUUGACUGUAGCACUUCGUGCAAGCGAAGAGGAGGGUGGAAGGAAUUAG